GCCUGCAGGUUUUUUCUUAAAAUAUAGGAGACCUCAACCAUGAGCGUCACAGCUAAACAUUCUCCGGCAAGGGUUGGAGUAGAUAGAGAUGUCGGUGAUGGUGCUUGUCUGACCUUCCAGAAGGGUGAACAUGGACAUGCAGAAACACCCGGCUCCCACACUAGAUCUCGGUCGCGUGUCCAUUACUUCUUGAACCAAAAAUAUGCGUCUGAGGCAAACCCAGCAACUGAUACCGUUUCCUCCGAGAAGGAGACUGUUGUCUGUGAACGACCACGCUCCAUGAGCUUACCGGGAAUGUCUCUUGUUGAAAGCAGUCUGCAAGACGGCAUGACUUGGUCCACGCCACACCCUUCAGCGAUUGAACCUGCACAGGGAGAGGAGCAGCAGGUGGAUCUGGAGGAGAGGCUUCAUCGCAUUCAAAUUGUAGCUGAGGCGUGGAAGGAGAAAAAGUGGUCUGAGGUCCACAAAGGAUACGUUGAGAAGCAAGCUAUGGAAUCUGCAAUGAGUCAACGAAUAUGGCAAUCUCGAAUAAUGCAGCAGAAUCGCGCACUGCGGCGUAUAGAGCGUCUUGUAGCAGAAAUGCGAUCAAAGCUACACCAAGACAUGUGAUCAUUACUUCUUAUUCUUCUCCACUUCCUUUUGUAACUUUAGACUUCUAAGCGGUCUUCUGAAGUAGACUAUUCUUUUUUUAUUAUUAAAUAUUCCAGGGGGAAACUACCAUCCAUGCCGUAAAAGGAUGAGAAAGCAGUCAGUCAAACGAAGAAGCGCAAUUCCCAAGAAGCGUUCCGUGUGUGGAUUAUGUGCAAACUGGGGCAUCACGGAUGAUGUAAAUUAUUGAAGGGAGUUCCCCUUUCAGAUCAA